GUUGUGACACUUCACACGCGAUACCCGAUCUGAUACAAAAAAAAUUUCAGGUCACUUUGCAGCGAGCACGCUGGAGAUCGACAAUUGAAAGGGACAGGGGCGCUUUUGGCAUAUGGGUUGGAGAUGGACAACCAAAGGUUUGGGAGUGUCAUUCUGUCAUUUGCAUAUUAAUCAGUGCACAUGUCGCCUUUGUACCCCGGUCGGAGGGGGCAUUAUUCGCCUGAUCAGCUGGUGGUUCGAUCCUGAUGUAAGAGGUAGCGCAGAGGUAUUUUCGGUACUUUUUUUUUUUUUUUGCUGGGCCGAACUGUGGAAAGAUCGGAUGAGAAGUCGCCCCACCCGUCCCUCAUUGUAGUUUAUUGCGCCCGAAACAAGAGGCGGGAUCCGAUGACCACACAAUAUGCGCCGAGGGUAGUUUGGGAACCACAAGACAACUGAGCGUGGGGUACAUGCCUAGCUCCACACAAAAGGUUAUGGGCACCCAACAAAUGCUCUCCUUCUGCAGCUGGUGCAAAUGUUGCCGGUAUUGCCACUGCGAUCGGAUUUUUAGUUCGCGCAGCCGAACGAGCCUGACACAGCCGAACACAGCCUCAAGAUUGAUAGCGGAGAUAGGAGCGAAAAAACUACAAAGAGCCGAGGGCCGGGUAACACCAAAAAGUGGGCGCGCUAAAAAUCUUAGUCUCCUCUUUGACACCCUUGCACCGUUCCCAUAUUGGGCAAAAAUGGUGCUAGCCAUCCUGCUACGCAGCUAAGUUUCAUUAUUCCGUUCCUCAUUGGGAAUAGACCAUUUCCCUAGUUGCACUAGCUCUGCCCAAGACGGCAAGCACGAGCUAGCCACCCAGACUAUAAAUACGCCUAGUUGCAGCCCUCGGACACAGUUCGCUCAAACUAUACUAACUACAGUCACUCCUUAUGCUGUUGAACACCACGGCCUUGUAUUUGUUGCUUGUCUCGGCAAUGGGACUUCCGGUAUUCCUCAAGCGCCAGCCGGGCACUUUGGAAAGUACCAUCACCACCACUAUCGAUGGAAAGGCUGUCACCAUGUUGGAAAAGGUGUAUACCAGCACGGACCGGCCUGCUCAGACUAGUGUGGUGAUGACGACGCUGAAGACUUCGUAUGAGGUCCCAAUUUCAGCUACCGAAACCAGUGAUACCAGCACCGUUAGCUCCACUUUCUCCACUACUUCCAGCACUGGUUCCAGCACUGGUUCCAGUGCUGCCUCUGACAACGACAGUUCUGCCUCCACAGAGGAUCUCGUUUUGUCUGCCAACGUGGAGAAGACCACCAGCAGCUCAGCAACGUCUAGCUCCUCCAGCUCCUCCACUACCCCCUCGAGCUCCAGCCCAAUUAGCGUCGCCAGCUCCACGGUUUCUGUCUCGUCCGACACCGCCACCCCGUCCGUCACGACGAUGCCAUCCGCCUCGUUCACCUCUUUUACCCCAUACGCCACAGAGACGACUGACGGUACUUGCUAUGUGUUCUACGAGAACGGAGAUGCGUACGACAGCUUCUCUCCAACAACGACUCAGACGUUGACUGUCACCGUUGCUACCGUGACACUAAGCACUACUGUGUAACGCGAAAAAAA